AAUAUUCCCCGGUGAAGGGUCCGUCGGGAAAAACACAUAUAUUCGCGGCAUCUCGUCGCGUGUCUUGAUAGUUGCGUUUCCCGUUCCUCACAAGCGCCAACCUUCCACGCCUCUUCGAGUUGCUCUAUUCAGCCCAGAGCCAUGGUUGCCUCUACUUUCGUUCCGUCGCUGAUCGCGCUGUCGUCGGCCGCCUCGGCGGUCGCUAGCGUCAUUAAGCCGCCGCGCUUCGUCCAUGUCGAGCGCCAAGAGGCAGGAUGGCCCGGUUUGAUCGCUACCUCCGUGAUCAACGAGACCUCGUCCAAAUUUGCCUCGAAAGUUGCGCGAUGGUCCUCCUACGAGGCGCCGACCUUCGACUUCGUCUUCAUUCCCGAGACGGAGGCAGAGCUGUCCGCUGGUCUUCAAUACUUGACGAGCCAGAACAUCCCGUUCUUGACCAAGUCGGGUGGCCACGGCUACUCGACCACCCUUCGCCAGAUCCAGGAUGGUGUCCUGAUCAACAUGGAGAAGUUCAACUACUCCAGGGUCGACGACGACUUCACCGCCACCAUCGGCACCGGUGCCACUUUUAACGACAUGGUGUAUACCAUUGGCACGGCCGGGCGGGAAACAACUGUUGGGUCCUGCCCCUGCGUCGGUGUUACCGGUGCCACUCUCGGCGGUGGCGUCGGACGGUUACAGGGACUACACGGCUUGGCGAGCGAUGCCGUCCGCAAGGUCCGCCUGGCGCUUUGGAAUGGCACCAUCAUCGAGGCCUCCGACAACGUUAACGCGGACCUCUUUUGGGGGAUACGCGGCGCCGGCCAGAACUUCGGUGUGGUCAUCGAGACGACCUUCGAGACGUUCCCAGCCACGAAUGGUGGCUUGCACUACGAGGCACAGAUGACUUUCAACAUCAGCUCCUUGGGGGACGUCAUCGACACGUUGAAUUCUCUGCUUCCGCUCGAUCCGGGCUUGGCGAUAGUAACCAUCGUUGCGGCGGAUCCUGCCACUCUCGAGCCCGCUCUUUUGGUGAACUUGGUUUUCGCCGGGCCUGAGGCCAAGGGAAAGCAGCUCGCGAAGCCGUUCAUCGACCUGAGCACCUCCACCGUCGAGUCACUGCUUACGUGGGUGGACCUGCCGACCAAGGGGGCUGGCGGUUUCAACAAUGUGCAGUGCAUUAAGGGGCGGCGCAACAGCCUGUACGGGCUGACCCAGAAGGUGAUCGACAGAGACUCGGUGCUCGAGAUGGCCGAGGACUUCGACGCGCUGGUGCAGGCCAACCCGGCGCUCAGCUCCAGCGCGUUCCUGGUCGAGUCGUUCGGCGUGCAGGCCAUCGACGCGCUGCCGGACAAUUUCUCAGCCUUCCCCCACCGCGGCCGCCUCGAUCACUUCUUCGAGAUCCUCGUCUCGUACGAGGACGACGCGGUGGCGCAGGUCGGAAACGACUGGGCCGUGAGCUGGCGCGACCACUUCCGGAAGCCGGAAAUCUCCGGCUACGACACGGUGGUGGUGUACCAAAACUACGGCCACGGCGACGAGGCGCCCUCGGUCUUGUACGGAUCCGCCAAAUGGCGACAGAAGCGCCUGACCUCUCUGAAGAACCGCUUCGAUCCUCACAACGUCUUCGGCGCCUACCACCCGAUCCCUACGGCGCUCGCCGACUGGUCGUAGGGGAUUGCUCUGGUUGUCGUCGAUGCCAAGCAUCGGUCUGUUAAUUUGGAUAGUGUAGAAUUACCGUCAUUUCUUUUUCAUCGGGACUGCAUACGAUACUAUUGCGGAGGGGCGCAGCGCUACAAGGCUGACGGAGUGGCGGUAUAGGUGGUGGUAAUUGUCAUAGACAUUGUUAUUCAACUAGAACCAAAUGUGCUUGUUGCGUCAGAGCCUGAGCCACCUGGGAAAUACGAGAAUUUGGGGGCGAGAACAGGGGCUUUAAUCAUAAAGGGAUACAAUCUUAUCGAUGUCUUGCAUCAAAGGCAAAUUGUUCAGCCUUAAUACUACGUUGUACGGCAUUCGGUUAGGUUAGGUACCCAACCUAGGUACCUACCUAGGCAGGUGGGCUAGGUACCAAUCGCACUCCAUCAUGUAGGUACCUAGCUACCCC